GCCUCGCACGCCUCGCUCGCCACCGCGCGCCGACACACUCGCUCUGUGACAACCUUGCCGUGCCGACCCCGGCUCACAACAAUAACACGCGCGACCUCCACACUACCGUCUUUUCCCGGAGCGUCGAUACCUUUAGUGCCCGGUGCGAGUGCAGUGGUCGUGCCACGUUUCAGCUCCUGGGCCGACAUGUGAAAAACAAAGCCUUUGUGACAGCGCCGGCGAGCGGCAUGUGGUGUACCAAUAGAGAUACACGCAAAAUGAAAUAAUUAGAUAGCAUCGUGACCCCCGGCAUGAGGUCGGGGGAGGCGGGCGAGGGCUCGGAGCUGGCCGAGUUCGGCGCGCGCUGGCCGCCGCCCUACAACCAGGGCUACGGCUGGACGCGCUCCGCCACGCCGCAGCACCCGCCCGCGCACCACCUCGCCAGACACUCCCGGAGCCACCAGGAUAACCGGCACACGAGCUACGAGGCGGAGGAUGCGCGGGGACGCGCGCGCGGCGGCGUGUACUACUCGCCGCCGGGCACCUCGUACACCAUCGUGGAGCGGCCGGCCUCCUCGCAUGGCCACCACUCCUCCUACUCGCACCACUACGCGGGGAAGCUGUCCCGAGCUCCCUACCUCGGCUCCACUACUAUUGCGAAUAGUGCAGCCGGAGCGACGAGCUUGCGGAACAGCACGAAUCACCUGAGCGCGGCGAACGGCAAGAAGCGGCCGAUCUCGCCGGAGCAGGUGCUGCGCUUGUUUGGGCAGGGCGGCGCCGCGGCGCUGGGCAAGGCGCUGCCGCCGUCGCACCCCCCCGCGCCGCUGCCCGCGCCCCUGCCUGCCCGCAGGCACUCGCCCGCCAGCAGCCCCAGUAGCACUACGCAUCAUGUUUCGCAGGCGAUAUACCGCGGGGGUGAGCGCGAGCGCCCGUACUCGUCGGGCGGGGCGCCGCCGCCGCCGGCGGAGCCCGCCACGCGCACCGUCACCAUGAGCCGGGACCCCGCCGACUCUCACGGCUUCGGCAUCUGUGUCAAGGGAGGCAAGGAGGCAGGCGUAGGUGUGUACAUAUCGAGAGUGGAGGAGGGCUCGGUGGCGGAGCGCGCUGGCCUGCGCCCCGGGGACUCCAUCCUGCAAGUUAACGGCACGCCCUUCUCCGGGAUCUCACACGAAGAUGCUCUUAAGAUGUUGAAGUCGUGUCGUCAGCUGACGAUGACGGUGCGCACGGCGGGAGCGCUGGUGGGGCGUGCGUCCUGCUCGUGGAUGGACCGCUACGGGAGGCCCGCCUCGCCGCCGCCGCUGCGGCCGCCGCGCUCCGCCAGCAAAGACCGCUCUAUACGAAGAGUCGACCUUUGUAUAGAGCCGGGACAGUCGUUAGGGCUGAUGAUAAGAGGCGGGCUUGAGUACAACCUCGGCAUCUACAUCACGGGGGUCGACAAGGACUCCGUGGCAGAUAGAGCUGGACUUAUGGUCGGAGAUCAGAUUCUGGAGGUGAACAGCCAGUCGUUCGUGGACGUGACGCACGACGAGGCGGUGGCGCAGCUCAAGUACCACAAGAGGAUGUCGUUGCUGGUGCGCGACGUCGGGAAGGUCCCUCAUGCCUGUACUGCUUAUGGAGAGCGGGAAGCGACGCCUAGAAUAAGCGGGUGGGGCAAGCGCCGUGGCGCAGCAUCCACGGCGGUGGAGCAGAAGGCUCGCUCGCUGCUCCCGCAGUGCGACCUGCCGGCCAUCGCCUACUACAUGGAGGAGUAUGCCGCGAGGAGACUCACUCCUGACUCCUUCCUCACAGUCAUCAGGGAUCUACUCGACACGCCGCAGAAGUAUACCCUCCUGACGGAAAUAAGAGAGUUCAUGGUGCCGGAGGACCGAGCGAGGUUCGACGAGCUGGUGUACAGGCGAGGCGAGGAGGCCGUUGACCAUCACCUCAAGCGCGGUCCAGAGCGACACAUGCUACCCUCCUCGACGAUGCAUGAGUUGCACGACCCGGAGGGACCGCCGGAGGCACCUCUAGUAGCCGACCACCGCUCGCCCUCCGAGGAUUCCGGCCUGGGCCUGCCACCGCAUGACCAUGCUUACAGGAGCGCGCGCGCGUGGCGGCCCGGCGACGCGCCGCCCCCGGACGACGAGGUGGAGCCCCCGCACGAGGAGUACGAGGAGGAGGGCCGGCGCUCACGACGUCACUCGUCUCCGUGCAACUCGAGGGAGGGCAGCACCACGGCACUGCACUCGCAACACUACGAUGAUUCCUGCGGCUAUCUCGAGGGGCUGCGCUCAUCACUCGGUGGCUGGACGCAGAAAGUUAAAUCAUGGUACUGGGGACGACCUCUAGAGUUAGCACACAAUUUGUCACGAAGUUUCGACAUGAAAGAGGAUAGUGGUGCGUUGUUGGAGGAGCGGGGCGGGAUUCGGCGGCACCAGUCGAUGCAGCGGCUGCAGCACGGCGAGGCGGGCGACGAGGCGCGGGCGGCGCGCGUCGUGCCCGACCACCACGGGAACCUGCACAUCACCGUCAAGAAGACCAAGCCCAUCCUCGGCAUCGCCAUCGAGGGCGGCGCCAACACUAAGCAUCCGCUGCCCAGAAUCAUUAAUAUACAUGAGCACGGGGCAGCGUAUGAAGCUGGUGGGCUAGAAGUGGGCCAGCUGAUCCUCGCGGUGGAUGGCCACCGGGUGGAAGGACUUCAGCACCAAGACGUCGCGCGAUUAAUCGCCGAGUCGUUCGCGCAAAGGGACAAACCGGAGAUCGAGUUCCUUGUGGUGGAGGCGAAAAAGUCAAAUCUAGAGCCGAAGCCAACAGCGCUGAUUUUCUUGGAGGCCUAACAUCUACUGUCCCUCCCCGCCAGCGACCCGCCGGCCGCGCUGGGCAGCGCGGCUCCGGGGGUCGACCUCACCGCGCACACCACGGAAUAGCCAAUUCCAACCUGCGCUGCCACAUGCUCUUCUAAGCUGUGGCGGCAAGCAGCACUGACGUACCGGCUAUACGACGCCGAGACGCGCCGGCGACUGACGCAGGUGUCUGUGUGUAAACAGGCUACGAAUCUAAUGGCACAAGGGAGGCGAUGAUAUUUUUUUGUGAUGACGAGUCGUCCGGAGCGACGGAAGAUUAGUUACGAAUGUUAUGAUGCACCGCCCGACGGGUUCUGAACGAAAUCUCUCGAGACCGCAACGCGACCCAUCUUUACGAUAGGACGCUCGGGUGGGCUGAAAUUUUGUAAAUCGUUUUCUAGGAGAGUAGCUAUUAAUCCGAUUUUAACAGUAGGCGGCGACUGAAUUUUAUAAAAAGAAUCUCCUACUUUUACCGUUUACUAUAAAUUCAUCUUAAAAAUUCACAAAUUUUAAAAAUCACGAUUUUAAGGAGGUAUAGAGAUCGAUAAUUCCGUGAUUCAUUUGAUAGAACUAGAGUUGUAAAGAGAUGACGAUAACAUAGAUCUUACGAAGUUCAUUUUUUAAUCGUGCUAAAGUUCAAUCGAUCGGUAACGGUGCUACGAGAAGAUUAUCAUGUUUCAAGUAAAGUAUCGUCCUCGAGUCAUGUCCCAUCUGUAGUUGUCACUAGUGCCGUGUAGAGUGCUUCCGGUCGGCACAUCGCCACACGCAGCACGCGGCGCGCUCCUAAGCAAGCAGCUUACUGAAUCUAACUCCGUCGCGUUCCGUCAUAGCUUUCCUCAUUAGUUUCAUUCGAAACUUUUUUACUCAAUUCUAGCUAAAUUUUACCAUUCUAACAUAAAAAUUAAUUUUGUAGUAAAUCAGUUUAGCUCUGUUGAUGAAAACGCGUAAACGUUUUUCAUUUGGUUCUUUCUCGGUCCAUAUCGCUUCCUUUAGUUUGCUUAGCGAGUGUUACAUAGAAGGUGCGUCAAACAUGUCAUUCCAUCAGGUAGAUAAGCGGUGAGUUAACGAAAAUAUGGCGGAGAGGGAUUUUAGCCCACUCUUUGAUCUAUAUAAGUAGAUAAUAAGUGAAUGUGUGCAAUAUAAUCCAAUGUUAGAUGUUAGAAUCAAUAAACAGUCUUUGGCGUCGAUGUUAUAGUUCGCUAGGCGGCGCCGACUGUGCCGCACGACGCAUGCGCGGCGUGGUCAGCGCCGCUGUGCUCGCCUGUACCCGGUGUAUCGAUGUGAGUGUUGCUAGAGCUUUUAAUAUAACGUACAGCUACUGCUGUAGAUAUUGUACACGUUCCCACAAUGAUACCUACAUAUAUUUGUAUAAAUGUAACAUGCUAUAACUGAACCUCAUUACCCCUUAUAAUCUCUACAAGCGACCGUUGUAAAUAUAUAUCUGUAUCUACUCAUAAGCUGUAAAUAUCAAAUUUGAAUGUAUUGUAAUAUAAAAAUAUUAUUAUAAAUAUUUAUUGAAGUUAGUGCCAAAAGCAUUUUACAUUCCCCACUAGGCGUGUACACUGUACUGUAUGGAGACGCAGAGCCUUCGGCGGUUCGGCGGAGACAGUUACUGCUCACAUCUAUAUCUAUACCUACCUACUCAUCAAGUUAACGGCUAAUCUCACUCAAUACGCUUCUAAUAUUAGGAUUUGGACAUCAUUGACAUGUAUUCUUUCAUUGUAUAAUCAAAAGACAUUCCGUAUUAUAAAAUAAAUAAUUCUCUUUUAACAUUUUAUAUUUUCACGGUUCGCACGACGACCUAGUGAAUAUUUCCGUUACCUUUGAGAACGUUUGUGAUUUGUGUCACGUGCAUUGACAUCCGCCUUUUCCUGAUUAAUGUUUUAUUCACAAAAAUAAUAAUGAGCAGAAAUUGCACUGAAACAAAUAUAUUUUGUACGAGUAAUUAUAGUUAAUUUUAAUCUUAUACCUAAUUGUAUUUAAAGUAACCAAUAAGUUUUUAUGAUUACACUUAAGCGGUCAUGUGUAGAGGCAGGCGCGUCCGAGCCGCCGUGUGACCGGCUCCUGACCCGGCCAGCCUUCUAUUUGAGUCAAUUCAUCAUUUACGUACGUAUUAAACACGUCAAACCGAAAGCAAUUUAAGAGUAGUGAUUAAGAGAUUAUUUUAGCAACAAAUCUUUAGGUUACCUCAUACUUUGAAUAGAAUAUCGUGGAUAUCAUAUGGCAGACCUGCUUUUGUUUGGUUUGUAGAUUUGUUUACCAACAGCUUGCAGUAGUUUGUAUAGAUCGCGUCUAUAGUACUACAGUCGCCUUUGAAUCCCGCAGUGCCUCUCGUUAUUGGCAACCUAUUAUAAUAUAUCCUAAAUAUUGCGAGCCGUCCAUUUAUUUUGCCUUUAGUUUAUCCUCGACUGCUGUGAGGUUAACGUGGAUUUUAUAUCUGUAUAAUCGACCUUUGCUAAUCUCAAUGUGUUGGUAAACAUUUCACGGGUAUUUAAGUAAUGUUUAAACUUUGCAGGUGUUUGGUUGAGAAGAUCUAUGUUGUAGUCUGUUGUUAAGUUUGUCGUUGAUGACAAAAAUAUAUUGUUAUCUAGAUAAUUACAUUUUGUUUUAUUCCGAGUCGUGCCAUUUGUGGAUAUCUAACACGAGACAACAAACACUUAAUCAUGAGCUGCUUAUCAUUUCAAACAACUAAAUAUUGUCUGAACAGUGAACAAUAAAAGGUUAUUGGACUUGCCCACUUAUAAAUCAACAACUACAUUAUUAAAAGGUACAUUUACCUUGACAUUGCAGUUUUGC